UUUUAGUCGACAUGGUUUCUCCCUCCCACAAGCCUUUUGGUUUGUUUCCAACAUGGCGGCGCCCGUCAGGCACGUAGGGCAUUACAUCAACAAGAACAGCCGAUUUCUGCUCAAUAACCUCGACCAGUUACGGGGUCACAGGGGUUUUGGCUGGACUACAGCUGUACUACAACAGUCCGCCACAGCUGAAAAAGAGCCAACAGAAUCAACAGAGGCUAUUGUCAUUCCCAGGAAGAAAACAUGGAGCAAAGAGGCAGUGCUGGAGGCUCUGGCCUCUACUGUCAACAGGGACCCCACAGCUUAUAAGUACCAGUUCCAGGAUGAUCCUUACCUCGCUCCCAGGACCUCCGCUGAGUUUAAGCUCUUCUCUCUGUCUCAGGAGUCCGGCAGAUCUGCAGCCAAGUACUUUAUCAACAGUAACCCAAAGUUUUUCACCAAAGACUUUGCUGAGCCGCAUAUACCAUGUCUGAUGCCGGAGAAGGUGUCGUUGCUUCUCGAGGAGGUGAGCGAGGAGGCGCUGAAGGAGAGAAUCAGCCUGCGGAAAGUUAAAGCUGCUGUUGAUAUGUAUGAUCAACUACUGCAAGCUGGCACGGGGGUUUCCAUGGAAACAACCCAUGACCUGCUGGACCUGAUCUGUCUGUACAGUGACAGGGAGCCUGUGCAGGAGGGAGGACCAGAGACGGAGGACGUGGAGUCAGCAGAAGAAGCGAACAGGAGUAAAGGGAGGAUUCGUCGGGCGUCAGACUUCCUCAAGACCAUCUGGAGAGAAAACAACAACGCAGAGAGAAUCUUUAACCUGCUGCCAGAGAGAGACACGCACUGUUACUCUGCUCUGAUCAGAGGCAUGAUCAGGCACGGAGCCUAUGUGAAAGCCUUUGACAUGUACACAGACAUGCUGAACAACAGAAUGACUGCGGACGUCCGCAUCUUCAACGCUCUGAUCUCAGGAGCUCCAGAAGUCAGAGAGAAAUACAACGAGAGAUGGGACCUCAUCGCUGAGCUGCUGAACCAGAUGAAUCAGCAGAAGGUGCAGCCCAACCUGCUGACCUUCAACAGCGUUCUCAAAGCCCUGAGACGCUGCGGCUCUCUGGCCAGAACACAGGCUCUCCACACACUGAGUGAGAUGAAGGCUCUGGGGAUAGCUCCCAGCCUGGCAUCCUUCGACCAUACCUUAGCAGCCUUCUAUAAAGCAGCCUCCCCGACCCAGGGCCAGACUGACCUUUUACAGGAAGUGAUGUCAGAGCUGGCGGGAAGCAGCUUCACCUGCCAGGACCCUGAUGAUGUUCUAUUCUUCUCCAACGUCAUGAGAAUAUGCUUGGAUAAUAAAGAUAUAGAGCUGGCCUACAGAGUCCAAAGUCUAGUGGAAGCCGGGGAGAACUGGAGGCUUCUGGGAGACUCCCACCAACAGACUAUUUACUAUGGUCGCUUCUUCAGCCUGCUGUGUAUGAUGGAGCACAUCGACGUGGUAUUGAAGUGGUACCGAAAACUCAUCCCCUCGCUGUACUAUCCAAAUGUGCAAGGAAUGAGAGACCUGCUUCAGGCUCUGGACACAGACAGUCGCCUGGACCUUCUCCCUACUAUAUGGAAAGAUAUCCAGUUGCUGGGUCAUGCUAACAAGUCAGAACUGAUAGAGGAGCUGCUGGCCCUGAUGGCCAGAGAGACACACAGUCCUGAGGUUCAGGAGUCUUUUGCAGUGUGUGCUCUGGAUGUAAAAAGUGUGUUCAAUGGAGACAGAGGGACACUCAGCCUCGAGUGGAGCACCUCGGCCCUCUGCCACAUCACCUCCCUGCUGCUCCGAGCCAAAAGGACUCAAGAAGCCUGGGAGAUGCUGCAGCUCUUCAAGGCCAAGAACCGAGUUCCUUCCGAGGAGCUGAUGAACGAAUUCCUGUUGGAGUGCCAUGCAGCCGGCGCCCCCGACAGGGCGGUGGAGCUGGUUCAGCUGUCUGCAGCCUUCUGUCUGCCAGCAACACCGCGACUGGCCCAGCAAACACUCAAGGACUUUGACCUGACUGAUGAGCAGAGGGCUGCAUUGUCUGAGCUGGAGUCUGCAGGAGAGCCCACUGACUGAGUGAGAGCACUCGCUGGAUCCCGGCCAGUCAGCAUAACACCUGGGCUUUUGUAAAGCAAGACAAGAACCUGCUUUUUAACCCUUCAUUGUCCAGACUUCAUAGGUCGUCCAUGUUUAUCAUGCAGUGAGGCAUCAGAUCUGGUAAACUGUUAAAAAGCAGUGGACAAGAAAUCUAGCAGAUUUCCUUUGUUCAUAUGUUUCAAUAUCUGUGUAAUAAAAGUACAGUAUGUGUGACAUAAAUGAAAUUUCAGGCUUUUA